AUGACACCCAAUUUACGUCUCCGGGUCUCGCCAUAUCCACCCCCCGAACAGAUCAAGGAGCAAGACGAACGUGGGAUCGAGCAAAUUCAACACAAUUGUCAGUGGAAACAAGCCCAAGAUUUGUCGAAAAGCAACCAAAAGCGGCAACACAAGCGCCAGGGGGCAGCAGAGCGACAGCGAAAGCACCAGCAUAACGUUGCUUUGGCCGAAGCCUCACAAGGCCUUCGUAAUCCGGUAACACUUCAUCGAAUCAAGGUUAUGAAGCUUGUUUGUGAAAAGUUACCAACAACCAAUGCUGAGAACUCAAAAAAGCGACGUGCAUCGCCAACAAACUACUUUGGGCCAACUCAAUUUGCUAUGAUUGAACGCGCAGCAGCCCUCUGUGAAUUUUUGCACCCAGAGCUGAUUGUCAAGGAGCUCAAGCUUGGACCCAAUGGCACAUUAUUCCAGGCGCUUCAACGUGGUACAGUUUUUCACUGGAUUAAGGACAAUCAUUCCGGGUGGACCAACAAAGUGAUGGAUUGUGUUGCACAUGCUGCAGAGUCAAAAAAGAAGGUCAAACCACUGCAUGUUGGCAGCAAGGGCUCAAAACUUGGUUGGCCAGCACAACUAGACAAAUAUCCCCAAGUGCUCAAAAACAUUGUGCAGCUUCUCUCAAACAUCCAAUGUGCUGGUUGUCUCAUCACACACUCUGUUACCCAAGGUGUAACAUUGGGUUUUAUCCUUGCAGAUGCACCCAAGCUCUUCCAUGACCCCCUGUCCUGGACAUGGUCACAUGACCAGGCAACCUACUACUAUCAACUGUUGUACAACAUCCCUCCCAAACUGAUCAUUAACACCAAUCAAACUGGGGUUUCUUACCUGGGUACUGGAACCAAGACUUGGGAGCUCCAGGGAUCCUCUCAGGUUUCAGGAGUUGGCAAAGAAGAGAAGCAACAAUUUAUGCUAAUGGCUGCUGUUACUGCUGCUGGGCAGAUAUUACCCUACCAAGCUAUCUACAAGGGUCAAACUGCUGUCUCACUCCCAUCAGUGCAGGCAGACUUGCUUUGUGAAGCAUACAAGUUUGUAUUCACACCUGGAGGGAAUAAGCAUUGGAGUACACUUGAUGCUAUGAUGAUUUGGGUUCUCAAAGCUCUUGUGCCAUUCAUUGAACAUGAGUGGCACCAUCUCAAGCAAUUGCAUCUGCAGAAGGCAAUUUUACUCCUUGAUUGUUGGGCUGUGCAUCAGGAGGAACCCUUCCAGAAGUGGCUCCAGAGUAGCUUUCCUUGGCUGAUCUUACUUUAUGUUCCUGGAGGAUGUACAUCUGUUGCCCAACCAUGCAACAUGGGUGUCAAUUGGCCACUCAAGCACCAAAUUAAGUUGUUGUGCAUUGAAUGGUUGGCAGAAACUACCAAGAAACAGCUUUGCCAAGGGGUGAAACCCAAGAACAUUGUCAUGGACUCCACUCCUGCAACUCUUUGCAAUGCCAGCAUUGGUUAG